AUGCACAAAUCAGUGUCGCUUCAACCGCUUUGCACUGCAUCUAACGAGCACACACUGCAAUCUCCCCGGGCAACGGCGCAAGUGCAAGAAUGUGAAACACAGCAGGUCCCUGCUGAUAGUCUGCUGAUUGUGAGUCAGACAAAGCCCAAAGUGAUGGGUGCCGUGUGCAACACCAUGCUUUGGCCCACUUGCUUUUCGAUCCUUGCGACAGGGAGUGCAUCAUCAAGCUCAAAGAUUCUUCAAUACACCGUCGAGGAGAAGAUGCCCUUUUACAAUCCAGAGCAUUCCUGCCCGACGAAGCGGGAGGUCGAUUGGCCAUUGCUGAAGAUGGAGCUCCAGUACUAUGCAGAUCAACCAACUCGGCAACGACGUGUCUUUGUGUCCGAGGAUGCCAGGUUUCAGUGGAGGAUGUGGGUCUCUAGAGUCUAUGUGGCGAACGACGUGGAUUUCUGCCCUCUGGGACUGCAGACAGUGCACCUAGCAGAUGUGGACCGGCGCUUCGAGGAGUUUAGUGCAGCAGGUUUGGCAGAAGUCUUUGAGGCCCACUAUGUGCAGUACACAACGAGGAUACCAUUCUUGCUUACAAUUCUCUCUGGAUGGCCGCUGUUUCGUAUCUACAGUGGCCUUGUGGAUUCUGCACGAGCUCGACCGGACUUUCCGCAUUUGCCAAGCAAGGGCAUUUGUGGUGGGGCCGUGCAGAUCGGAGAUGUCUUUUCAGCGAUUCGCCUUCUGCAGGGUGCAGAAGAGUUGACUUCAGAUGACGGCAAACAUAUUCUCACGAUCCUGGCGCGCAUUUUGACCAAUGCAGAAGCUGCUGCUGCCCAAAUGUCUCAGACAUUUGGCAAAGCUGACUGGGAUGCUGCUGAGGACGAUUGUAAUUUGGCCGUUGCUUUUGCUCACCUUGGCCGGGCAUGGGUUCUGGCAUCCUUCAGAGAUUUUUCUGAGUCGACGGCGCAAGGCCUCACACAGUACUUUGGUAAACUACUCCAAAGCAUUGAGGCAGCUGAGGAAGCUUGGCAUUUGUCCGCUGAGGCAGCUCUCAGAAAGCAUGACCAAGACAACAACGCCCUUUUGCGUGUCUAUGCAGGUGGUUGGCCAAUUUGGCAGUUACUGGAUCGAUUGCAGAUGCUCACAUCUCAAGCGCCGUGGGCAUUGCAGUGUCGUUCCUUCAGCGAAAAGGCCCCACUUUGCCCAGCUUGUGCUGUGCCGCAGCAAGCUGAAUGGAACCGCGAGAGCCAAUGGGUUUCAGCCCUGGCUGCUGGUGGUGCACGGGGUGAAUUCGAGGCCGUGGUUCAACCACGAUUGCGUAUGGACUUGCUGCAGGAUAUGGCAGGCUCAACAGCUGCUGCAGCAGCACGCGCGCUUGAUCACAGGUUGGAGCACACUGGGGAAGCCUGGGCCACAUUGCUCUCAGAUGAUGAUGCAGUCGCCAAUGAAGCUGCCAGGCGUGCACUCCUUGUCUACGCAGAAGCGGUUCGAGUAAUGGCUCGCUCGGUGCGACAGGCUGAAGCAAAGGUUGCCUUUGAUGCAUCAAAAGUGGCACCCGCACGACCUUUCUUGGUGUUAAUGACAGAGGCCGCAUUUACCAGCGAUGUGCGCGCCAUGUUGGAGGGUGAUGGGCUGACGCCCCUUGUCAUGCCAAGUUUCAGCAGUGAAGGGAUUACUGUGCCAUCCCGGCGCAAACAGCGAGGCGAGACAAGUGCCCAAGAAGAGGAGUCAGAAAAUCUCUCAGAGGCGGAACGGAUAGAACUAUCCUGGUGGCUAAAGAUAAAGUUGUGGAAAUUGACAGAAUACCGCCGCAUCGUCUAUUUAGAUGCAGACACUUUGGUCCAUCGUCCGAUUGACGAACUUUUUGCGCUCCCCGAUGAAAUUUCGCUUGCAGCGCCUGCUCAUCUAUCGCGUGAUGGCAAAGGUUCAGAGAUCUCUGUCGGUGUCAUGAGCCUUCAUCCUGACAGGCGCAUCUACGAUGCCUUCAUCUCUUUUCUUUCUGCAGCAGCUGAUCGAUUCGUGACCGGAGUGCGAUCUGUGGACCAAAUGCUCCAGCACAGCUUCUUUGCCCAGCACUUUUCAUGGGGAGGAUAUCCCAGGUGGGAAGCAGGAUCUGGACAAUUCCUUGGCUGCAUGGAGGAUUUGCCUUCUUUGAGCCCUGGAGAAGUGACAGAGAGUCAAGAUCACUUCAAUGGCGCCAAAACACCACUUGGCAAGGUCUGCGUCCUUCCACCACGCUAUGACUUCUGCGUGUCAUAUCCAGCAUUGGUUGCCGGGAUGGAUUCUCCAGAUUUUCAGGAGGCUGAAUUGGCAGUGCAAUUUCCGCAGCCUGGAGAAGAGCCAGUGGAGAAAAACCUCGAAGGCUUGCUGCGCGCACGGCUUCUCCAUUGGACAGGAGGCUAUCAUUUGGAUUCAUUUGGCAGACAGCCAAUCAGCCUACGAAGACAUGCGCAGAGGGCGCAAGAUGACAAGAGAGGCGAGAGCAAGCGACUGAUGCAGCCCUGCCGCUUUGACUGCGAGUCAUUGUGA